AUCAUGACGGGGUUGGCAACAACUUCUUCCUCUUUCAGUUACCAAUGGACUUAUGAUGUCUUUAUCAAUUUUCGAGGCGAAGAUACUCGUCAUGGUUUUACAGGAAAUCUGUAUAAUGCUUUAAAACAUGCGGGAGUCCGCACCUUUCUUGAUGAUGAGGAAUUAAGAAGAGGGGAUGAAAUUACCCCAUCUCUUCUUAGAGCAAUUGAAAAUUCUAGGAUGGCCAUAACUGUAUUUUCUAAGAACUAUGCUUCAUCCACAUUUUGUCUCAACGAACUUGUUAUGAUUCACCAGUGCAUUAAGAAAAAGGAUCGGUUGGUUUUGCCAAUUUUUUAUGAUAUAGAGCCUUCAGAAGUGCGACAUCAAAAAGAAAAUUAUGAACAAGCAAUAUCCAUGCAUAUGGAAAACCUCAGGGCUGGUGGGGAGACGAUCCAAAGUUGGAAGGUCGCAUUACGUGAAGUGUCUAAUAUUUCUGGCUUCCAUUUUAAUCCGAACCAAGGUUGUUAUGAAUAUCGAUUCAUUGAUGGCAUUGUGAAAGAAGUCUCCAGCAAAAUUAAUCGAGUUCCUUUACAUGUUGCUGCAUGUCCUGUUGGGUUAGAGUCCCGAGUGCCAGCUGUCAACUCUCUAUUACAGAUUGAGUCAAAUGACAGGGUCACCAUGGUUGGAAUUUGUGGAACUGGGGGAAUUGGUAAAACAACAAUAGCACGUGCUGUGUAUAAUUCAGUUGCUGAUAAUUUUGAUGGUUUGUGCUUUCUCCUUGAUGUCCGAGAAAAAUCAAGGAAAAUUGGCCUAGAACAAAUUCAAGAGACAAUGCUUUCAAAGAUUGUAGGAGUGGACAUCAAAAUACAAGAUGUUAAUGAAGGAGUUGAAGUAAUAAAAAGAAGACUCAAACAAAAGAAAAUUCUUUUGAUUCUUGAUAAUGUUGACAGACAUGAGCAAUUGGAAAAUUUAGCUGGUGAUUGCAGUUGGUUUGGUGAUGGGAGCAGGAUCAUUAUAACGACAAGGGAUAGACAUUUACUUGUAAGACAUGGGGUUGAAAGCAUAUACAACAUGGAGGCUUUCAACGUUCAUGAAUCUCUUGAAUUGUUGACUUGGAAUGCUUUUAGAGACAACCAAGCAAAUCCAAGUCACAUGGGGGUGUUGAAGCGGGCAGUAAAAUAUGCACAAGGCCUUCCACUAGCCCUUCAAGUAAUAGGUUCCAACUUGCAUGGAAAGAGCACAGAAGAGUGGACAUCUAUGUUAGAUGGAUAUAAAUCAAUCCCUAAUGAAAACAUUCAACAAGUAUUGAAGGUAAGCUAUGUGGCCCUGGAACCAGUUGAGAAAGAAAUAUUUCUUGAUAUUGCUUGUUUUUACAGAGGGAAACGUUUGAAAUAUGUCAAACAUAUGGUGGAAGUAGCUCAUGGCUCCAAUAAUUUAAGUUAUUUUAUUGGAGUGUUAGUAGAUAAAUGCCUCAUAAAUAUUGAAAAUGAUUGCAUCCAAAUGCAUGAUUUGAUACAAGACAUGGGGAGAGAAAUUGUUCGUGAGGAAUCACCAAAUAACCCAGGAAAACGGAGUAGACUAUGGUUUCAUCAAGAUAUUGUUGAUGUUUUGGAAGACAAUACAGUAAGUAACAUUUAG